CUGUUCCUAUCCGCAAAAUCACUCUGUAUCUUCUAGGAGAAAACAGAGUGAAGAAUAAGUUGGGUAAAAAAUUAGAGAGGCAGAAAGGGGCCAAAAUCAGAAAAUUAUGCAGUAUUCAGCACAGUUUCUCCAGGCUCCAGCAACCCCGCUUCCUCCAAAACAAAUUCAAGGCACAGCCACAACUAAAACUCUUUCAAUUCCCAACCAAUGCUGCAAAUUCUCACGCAGAGAACUCGCCAUUAGCACUAGUUCAUCCAUGCUUCUACUCUUAGGCUCUCAUGCUCUAGAGCCGUUGAAUUUGUCAAGAGCAAGGGCAGCUGAGCUUCCCGAUAACCCCGAUAAAAUAGAACCAGAAGAGCCUUCAAGAAAAGUCGACUAUUGUUCAGACCAGAAUGUAACAAAGAGAGCAUUUCUUGAAGUAUCGGUUGAUGGGGAACCUAUUGGAAGGAUUGUUAUUGGGCUACACGGUGAGAGUGCCCCAGUUGGCUCAGCAAGGUUCAGCAAUCUUGUUAGCGGAGCAGCAGGGGUUAGUUAUAGAAGAAAAGAUUUUGUGAGGAUAAUGCCAAAUUAUGUACAACAUGGUGGAUUGAGGUCAUAUGGAGUGGAUGCUGAACUCGCAAAGAGCACUGGAAGAACUAUGGAAAUCGAUAACCUAGUGAACGAAUGGGAGAAACAGAGUGAAAUGUGUCAGGGUACCAAGAAUGUGGCAAGAAGUGUUAGCAUUAUUGUGAGGGACCCCUCAAAACCACCUCCAAAGACAAAGCUGGUUGCUCGAGGAGGAAAGCUUGAAAUCGAUCAAGAAGAAGUGGGAAAAGAUGUUAAUGGAACAGAGUUUACAAUUGCACUUAAAGACUCACCUGAGUUAGAUACCUCUGCUUUAGUCAUUGGGAGAGUCUUGGAGGGGAUGGAUGUUGUUGAGAGAAUUGGCCAGGUCAAAACUGUGAAAGAGAAUACCAGUUCUCCUUAUUUCAGGGCAGCCAAGUUGAUAGGAGAUAAAAGGGCUGUAGUUGCAGAGAGAGGCUUCAACAGACCUUACUCAAAGGUGAAAAUAACAAAUUGCGGCUUGAUGGAAUGAUCAAAGAUGCAGUUGAGAGAUUUUUGUCCUUUCAUUUCUGUUAAGAGGAAGAACUGUUCAGCUAAAAGUGUACAAAACUCAUGUACCAAAAAAUUCCAUGCAAUUUUACCUCUCGUCCGAGAGCUUACAUCAAUGGUAACAAUUACAGUGUCUUCCCCUUGUUUA